GUUCCGCGAUUUCCGUCGAUCGCAUUGUCAUUUUGUGUUUAAAACUGUUUGAGAAAUUGUUAGAGCAAUGUCAGAAUUAGAGAGAUGGGAAGUUGAGGUGUCCAACGAGCUCGAGAAGAUGGAAGCAGAUGCACAAAUGGGGACGGAGAGGUGGCAAAGAAGCUCAAUCUACAAAGUUCCGGCGAGCAUUGCGGACACGAAUAGGAAAGUUUAUACGCCGCAAACGGUCUCAUUCGGUCCUUAUCACUACGGAAAACCGCAUUUGAUUCCGAUGGAGGAACACAAGAGAAGAGCAUUGCUCCAUUUUCUUAAGAGGGCAAAUAAGCCAUUGAAGUUGUUUGUGGGAGCUAUAGCUGAAGAAAUCCGAUGUUUAAAAGACUCAUAUUACGAUAUUAAUGAGCAAUGGGAGCAAGAUGAUGGUAGAUUUGUGCAGCUGAUGAUUCUUGAUGGAUGUUUUAUGCUAGAAUUUCUACGAGUUGCCAAUAGCUUAAUCAAUGAUUAUGCUGGCGACGAUCCGAUUUUCGGCGAUCGGGGGAGAUAUUCUAUUAUGCCAUAUAUUAGGGUUGAUAUGUUGAUGCUUGAAAAUCAACUGCCACUUCUGGUUCUUCACAAAUUGGUUGCAGUUCAUUCUGGGAAACCGGAUGGAGAACUUAUCAACAAGCUCAUACUCAAAUUUUGCUUUCCGGAAUUUACGUCCGUACCACUUGGUAAAUGCUUGCAUGUACUAGAUAUUUAUAGGAAGAUACAAAUUUUUGAGUUCGGAAUAAAGAGAACAAAUAUAACUGGACGGUUAAGAACGAGGUACGAAAAUACCGAAAUCGACCUAUCUGCAACAGAUCUGAGCGAUUCAGGAAUUCGGUUUAAGAAGAGUAGAGAACGAAGCAUAAGGAGCAUUUCAUUUCGCUCCGGAGUGUUAAAGCUUCCGGCCAUGAUAUUUGAUUUGCAAACAGAACAGUCGAUGUUGAAUCUCAUGGCAUUCGAAUGGUCUCAUUCGGGCAUAUCAAUUGAAGUGACUGAGUACAUCUUCUUUAUGUACAAUUUGAUUCGGAGCGAUAGAGAUGUCGAGCUCUUACGCUCCUACGGUAUCAUCCAAAAUUAUAUAGACAAUGACAAGGAUGUUGUUCAGCUCCUCAGCAGUCUCUCUAGGAAUAGUAUUAUGUCCCCGGAUAGUAACCUUUAUGAUGUUUGCCUUGAGGUAAACGAGUAUUCCAAAAGGCCUUGGAACAAGUGUCGUGCCUAUUUGAUUCGUAACUACUUCAGAAAUCCUUGGGCAGUUGUCAAUCUUAUAGCAGCAAUUAUUCUGUUUUUCCUCACAUUUGCUCAGACUGUAUUUACAAUCUAUCCUUACUACCACUCUAAUGAACCUCGUCCACGCACUCCUUAAGAAGUUCACGAUUCGUAGGUCUUCUACCUCCACGCGGCAUUACUCUGUCAGAUUUUCGCCCAUUGCAGAAAACCACUGCUGCCUCCCAUAGUUGAGUCAAAAUUAGAGAAAACAUGUUUUGGUUUGAAUAAGCAUAAAAGAUUGUAUAUGCAAGUGUUCUUUUGUUUUGGUUAGUUUCUUUU